AUGGAUCGGUACUCGUCGGCUGACUAUGAUCCUGCACUCUAUGCGACGUCCGAAGUAGACGACGCGGAGGACUUCUACGAUGCUGACCCAUCUCAGCCAGCAGUCACGGCAGGCGCUCAACACCAGACGUCCUCUUCGUCGAUGGGCAAUAACGUUGGCACGCUCCAAUCAGGCGCAAACACGCCCGUCGACGCUGCUUUGGUCAGCAAGAUCAACGCCGAGAAGCUCCAGGAACUGCGUGCGAAGCUGCUCGCUAACCGUCAAGCCACCCCAGUGAAGGACUUCUCGACAGCUGCUGCUGCUGCGAAGAACGGUACUCUCGCGUCGAUCAAGACCGAAUCACAGUCACUUUCUCGACCUCCGAGCCCCGCACACACGCCCAAGACCGUCGUCGUCAACAAGAACAAGCAGUCUGCACACAACAGACCAACCGCUGCAUCAAUGCUCAGCCAGUCAAACUCAAUCGAUGCUCUCCUGGCCGAGAGUCACGCAUCCGUCAUGUCGCAAGGCGCCAACACCCCCCAACAGAAGACUGCUCCAAUCAAGCAGCAAUACACAACAGCUCCCACCCCCAAGUCGACCACUACUACUGAAAAGGCCACUACUCCUAAGCUGGCUCGUUCGCCUGCUCCGUCUUAUAAACAAACCAACACUGCUGAAAAGAUGAACACCAACAACGACGAGUCUUCGUCGACUGCCAAGUCACCUGAAACACCCAAUCAACAGAUCAACAGAACUAACAAUCUGCACAUGGAGAAGGCCAAUACUACCUCUCCUGGUCCUGCCGAAAGAUUCCCCAAACACAAGACGGACCACCAUGCCAAUGCAAUCAAGUCUGCCAAUCCCUUGUCCAGAGGUCCUCUUCAGAAGACGAGCCUUAGCUUGAACACCAAGUCUGCCAAACAACAGGAUGAUGACUACUUCAAGGACGUCGAUCUUUGGUUGACCAUUACUGGCUUCCACGACAAGACGUUUCGUGAACAGAAGCUCAAGACGUACAAGAUGCGUGCUGCGCUUGAAGAAAAGAAACGUGCCUUGGAACACGAAUUUGCCGAACUUGAACGUCAAGAGGCUGCUACGGCUAACGACCCUAGUUCCAAGGAUUUCAUGCGUGGUGCUUCAGCUGCUUACAUGCCUCCUCCAGCCCUUCCUGCCUCGACCUCCAACUCGUUCGAUGGUCAGAGCGCUUCUUUGACCAAGGCCAACCCUAUCCCUACUCAGCCUGCAUCGGCUGGUGUCAAGCGUCCCCGCUCACCCUCUGUUCCUGUGAACGACUACCCUGAAAAACUGCACCGUCUCAACACUUCUGGCCGUGCUGUGCGCAGAGAUGAUCUCUUCGACAAGCCUCUGUCUGCCACCGCUUCCAGACGCGGCUCCGAUCAGAGAUCCGAGAGAGUUGACAAACCUGAAAGAUCUGCCUACCACCAGCGUGCUGACUAUGACACUUCUCCGACUUCUCACUCCAUCUCCGUCAGAGGUCAGGCCUACCGCCCCAAUGACGGUGCCUUUGGUCGUCGCGAUUCUUGGAACGCUCCCAGAUCUCCUGAAUGGUCUGCACGCCCUCAGGGAUGGACCUCCACUGCCUUCUCGGACGUGAACGAGGCCCCUCUUGGAGGUAGCUUCUCCGGUAACAACAAAAGUGGGUACACGCCUUCCAACCCCAGAGCCAAGUACAACAGAUAA